UAUAUCUCUUUCGUAUAAACUUUUCACGCAUUUCGUGGGUCUACACUGCUGUGAGAUAAUAGUAAACUAUCAUCGAUAACACAUUUUAUCUUUCUCUUAUCGAAUGAAAUAGGUGUACACUAAAAAGCACAUGGGGGAAUUAAUAUCCCUCCAAUUUUUCACGAAUACUGUAUUGUCAUCCACAAUGUUCCUACGUUUAAAUAGACUGAACUCAUUUCGUUGAAAAGAAGAUGUGAGAAGUGGGUGAAAAUAAAUUGAAACAAGUUUGGGAUUUUCCAUUUUGAUAAGUGGAAUAUCAUUCAAUAGAGAUUACGAUUCACUAAAGAAAUUCACGGAACAUCAAUAAAAAAAUAUCUUAAUUGUCUUUUCGUAGGAUUAGAAAUAUGACGUUCGAAUGUGAGGGUUAUUCGAAAAACGACGAGGAUAGUUUUGAGGAAAGAGUAGAGAAAGAGCCAUCAAACGAAAAACUACGCGUUUUUUCGGCUAAAGCAUUCGUUGAUGACCUCUUAGAAAAUGGGUCUAACAUCCCUUGCGAUAAUUCGAUCGAAGAAUUCAACAGGGAAGGCCUGCCGAAAUUUUAUAACGAAGUAUAUUUCAAAAGGGGUCAAGACUUCUUCUGGAAUAAUGCCUUCUCUCUUCUAUUUUGUAAGUUCUUAGGACUUAUCCUGACCUUGUCUUCACCGUCAAUUUUGGCCGUUUUGAAGAUGACAAAGAUGUCAGGGUCUCCGAUGACAGCCUAUAGAAGAUACGUUUCAACACUUUUCCAUCUGCACUUGUGGUAUGAAAGCGAACUGUCUUCAGACUCCAGAUCGAUGAGAUCGAUGAAGAGGGUGAAGGUAUCUCACAACACUGCCAGCUCACAAGCAAACAGUAUUGACAGGCCUCCCAUAACACAAAAAGACAUGGUCUUGACUCAGUUCGGUUUUAUGGGAUUCUGCAUAGCUAGAACUGAAUUUAUCGGUAUUCAUGGGGCUAGAAAGGAGGAUCUUGAAGGUUUCGUACAUUUUUGGAAGGUGAUUGGUUCCAUUAUGGGCAUACAAGACAGGUUCAACCUAAGCAGGGAUUCCCUCGAGGAAACAAGGGAAAUAUGCGAGGAACUGAUAAAUAGAGUAUUUCGUCCGUUUGUGGAAAAGAGAGACCCGGACUUUUUGGAGAUGACAUCUUAUCUGACCGACGGUUUGUGGUACGCCGACCCGCAACUGAAUCAUCGAGUGUUCCUCUCAAUCUUAUACGAUAUUCUCAGACCCAUUGAAAGUUUGAGCGUCGAAAAUCUGAGGGACAGCGAGGAAUAUUUCCCUCUAACCAUAAUCGAGAGAUUGUAUUAUAGAACUAUAUUAUUCGGCGUACGUUACAUGAUGAAAUAUAACGUUGUGAGGAUAUUUCUCAACAUCAAACAUCAAAUUUUCAUGUGGAUAUUGCACAGGAUUCCUCUACUGGCCGUCUGUGCGUUUGGCUACGAAAAUGCUAUUGUUUCCAUUGAAAGUAAUCAUUGCAAAAUGCACUGAAGUAACGAUGGAAAUUUGGAAGAAAAUUGGUCUGUGAUAUCAUAGUUUUUUUCCAUAAGGAAAGCCAAUAUUGAUGGGAUAAUAAUACCUGCCAUAAAUACGAACAUUUCACCUACCUCAAUUUUCGAAUAUUUUCGAGCUCCACCCCAAUUUUUUCCAUAGCCAAUAAACCCCCAAAAAGAAUGAUGAGGAGAUGGAUAAAUUGGAGUUUCACUAAUAAAAUCGAACAAAAUAGUAGACAAUUUAUUAAAGCUGUAAUAUCAUGAUAAUACUCAUAUAUACAUUUUGUUUUGUAACAUCGAAGGAACAAUAAUAAAGAAUCCACACGAAA